CUCUUCUUCUUCGUGCAGCCCGACCAGCCCUCCCCAAAGCCACCGACUCCCUCUUCUUUUGAGAACCGAUGAAAGGCUUGAAAUUUCCCUUUCCUUCUUGCUCAAAACCAAGUUUCAGGCCUAGAACACUCUCCUAAACUCAGAAAUUUUCCAGAUCUGCGCUGUCGUCUUCCCCUCUGUCCGCCGGCCUCUGCUGUGUGGGGUUGGGUUCGGUUUUCUGCUCCCGUGACAUCCCUUCCCCUCUCCCGAUCUCUGCCAAGCUCGCCAGAUCCGGCUUCUAUUGCUGGAAAUAUUCUGGUAAGUUAACAACCCUCCAAGCUUGAAACUUCAUUAGUUAAUUACUGCCUUGUGUUGUUGAAUUUUAUCAAUUUGUUGCUGCCCUGUGUUGUCCGAAAACCCUCUGUGUGCUGUCCGAAUUUCUGUAGAAAUAUGGAAGAAUUUGGUAGCAUAAAAUGGGUUUUGGGUUGCUAAUUCGUGUAGAAUUUUGUGUAGUUGUCUCGGGAAUCAUCUUUGCUGUUUGAAGUUGUUUUUAUGCCAUUUUAGUUAUCCUGGAGAAAUUGUUCUGAUUGAUUGCUGGUAGAUGGAAAAUUGAAUAAAAGCCAUACUCUUCAUUGUUUGCCCGUGAGUUUGGGAAGCUAUAAAUAUAUGUAAAUGUGUGUGUUAAUUGUUAUAUGUAUAUGUAUACCCAAUCCGGAUUAAUGUUAAAAUUCGGAAAGAAGAAAAGAAUAAAUAAAUACAUGAAUAUUGCAUUUUGAGGUUUUGCCGGCAAUAAUAAAGUGGAUGAAAUACUUAGUUCUAUAUGAGAAUGAAAUUAGAGGUGUUAGGUGCUCUUGUGGCUUAGAACUCUGGGGUCGAGUUUCCUGUUUAUGCCAAGUGAGGUAAGUAAAUUAUGGUAAAGCCCUUCGAUUGUAAAGCAUGUUUUAAAUUGUUUUUGAGAUGGUGGCAAGGUUUAAAUUGAUUUUAUCGACAUCUGAGUGUGAUUUAACUGAAAUGAAAAUUGUGAUGAUUUUUAUGGAAAGUGUUAUUUUCUGAAAUGAAAAGGGGAAUUCCAUUGUUUUCUGGAAUUGAGCGUGAUUGAAAUGAAAAUGAGAAUUUCACUGUUUUUCUGAAGUAGAGCAUGCCUAUUUGAAACUUACUGAAUUGCCCUGAUGAUCUGAAAGUUAUUUGUAAAGAAUGAUUUUUCUGUUAACUUCUGCCUGUUUUGUCUCCGAUGUGGUCAUGUCAUUACUGACCCUGCUAGUGGGGGUUAAACGCUAGCACAUGUCGACAUGUUAUUGAUAGAACCGGUUCGUCCGACUGACCCUGCUAGUGGGGGUUAUACACCAGCAAAUACUGACCCUGCUAGUGGGGGUUAAACACCAGCAAUACUGUAGCCUGCCAGUGGGAGGUUUAAACACUGGCCAUGACCUAUUGAGGAGACGUCUAUUUCUUCCCCGUACUGUAUCCGUUUUUAUUGUACUGUUGGCAUGCUAUAAGUUUAAUUGACUGCUACUGAACUUUAUUCUGCAUAAUGGUUUAUCAUUGAACAUUUCGUUUAUGUUUAAACUGUUUAUCUGAAUUGCUCAAAUUUUACCCACGGGCUAUCCAUACAUUUACUUAUUGAGAUAUUGUAUCUCAUAGUUUUCCCUUGUCCACCAUUUCAGGUAGUAUGACCCGAGACACGGAAACCACGGGAAGUGACGAGUUAGAAGGCUAGCCAUUUUGAGAUUGAUAUAAUUUUAGAAAUAAAUCAUGUUUUUUUUUUGUAAGAUAGAUUGUACCUUGAAUUUUAUGGUAUUAAAACAGAUUUUGCGAGAAUAGAGUUUGUGAUUUAGAUAAGUUCCGAGCCUUGUGCAUUUGUGGGACCUCUCACGAGUGCACGGCGUCUGUCG